AUGGCUGAGACGUUGAAGAUUGUGGCACAGCCACCGAAGCUGGUGGAGCUGUGCGACGAUAAAGCGUUUGUUAACGAUCUUCUUCGUUCUCGUGGUGGGUUUACGCUGCCGGAUGCGCGGGAUGUGAUGAUUGAUGAGGAAGAUCUUAGGGAGAUACUGUGGGAAGAUCUUCGGUAUCCUGUUGUCGCUAAGCCGGUUAGAGGACGAGGGAGUUAUGGAGUGAGAGUUUGUCGCUCCGAAGACGAACUGAUCGACCAUUGCGGCGAUCUACUGGGAGAGGAUGUGUACGUGAUCGUCGAGGACUUUCUUGCGGGUCAGGAAGUCACUGUUACUGUGAUGCCGCCUGCGCCUGCAUCGGGACAGGACGGGUAUUGGGCGAUGCCGGUUGUGGAACGGUUUAAUCACGCUGAUGGUGUCGCACCGUACAACGGCACAGUCGCUGUUAUGCAGAACUCUCGCUGUCUUUCCGAAGACGAACACCUGGCCGAUCCACAGUAUGGUGAGGUACAGCGACAGUGUGUUGAAGUAGCAAAGCUGCUCCAAUGUACUGCUCCUAUUCGAGUUGACGCUCGUCGGUUCACGGAGGAUGGAUCGUCGCCAUUCGCUCUCUUUGAUGUGAACAUGAAACCGAACAUGACGGGUCCUGGUAGGCCUGGUAGAGAGAACCAAGCUAGUUUGACGGCACUGGCUGCUGCUGGCUUGGGAUGGGACUAUCCGACUCUGCUGUUGAAGAUCCUUGAGUCGAGUAGUUCGCUGCGUGAUCUGAGAAAUGACACGUCGUCGUUAAUCACGAAGUAG